AUGAGGGGCACCAGGCUGACAGGGCUGCUGCUCGCCCUCGCUGGCUUGCUGCAGCUGGGCCUGUCCUUGAAGAUAGCCGCCUUCAACAUCCGCACCUUUGGGGAGACCAAGAUGUCCAAUGCUACGCUCUCCAGCUAUAUUGUGCGGAUCCUGCGUCGUUACGACAUUGCCCUCAUCCAGGAGGUCAGAGACAGCCACCUGGUGGCCGUGGGGAAGCUCCUGGACGAUCUCAACCAGGAUGACCCAAACUCCUACCACUACGUGGUCAGUGAGCCGCUGGGCCGCAACAGCUACAAGGAGCGCUACCUCUUUGUGUUCAGACCCAACAAGGUGUCCGUGCUGGACACCUACCAGUACGACGACGGCUGCGAGUCCUGCGGGAACGACAGCUUCAGCCGGGAGCCUGCUGUGGUCAAGUUCUCAUCCCCCUCCACCAAGGUCAAGGAAUUUGCCAUUGUUCCCCUGCACUCGGCCCCAUCAGAUGCAGUGGCUGAGAUUAAUUCUCUCUAUGAUGUCUAUCUGGAUGUCCAGCAGAAGUGGGACUUGAAUGACGUCAUGUUGAUGGGUGAUUUCAACGCUGACUGCAGCUACGUGACCUCCUCGCAGUGGUCAUCCAUCCGCCUGCGCACAAGCUCUACCUUCCAGUGGCUGAUUCCUGACAGUGCCGACACCACGGCUACGUCCACAAACUGCGCCUAUGACAGGAUCGUAGUCGCAGGGUCUCUGCUCCAGAGUUCUGUGGUUCCUGGCUCAGCCGCUCCCUUUGACUUCCAAGCUGCAUACGGACUGAGCAACGAGAUGGCCCUGGCCAUCAGUGACCAUUACCCGGUGGAGGUGGCGCUGACAUAA